AUGAGCCUUGUGAUGGGCGUCAGCAGCCCGGACGCCAUCCUGGCGAGCACGGCCCCUUUCUGCCUCGCCCACUGGGGCGGCUCUCUGACCAGUGAUGCCUUUGGUGCCCCCAGGGCUUUGCUUUACCUGCAGGAGCUGGCCGAGGAGCUGACAUCGGUGUACCGGCCUCUGGCUCCCAACGAAGGCCCCCAGGAACCAGAGUCCGACAGCUCGAGGAAGAAGCGCCGAAGCAGGAGGAGGAAAGAGGAGGAGACCGAUGACGAUGACCUCUCUCGGGAUGUGGACUUUGUGCCCUCGGAGGAGGUGCUGCUGCAGGCGGCGGAGGAGGAGGAGGAGAGCGACGUCCUGCUCAGCGAGGUCUCUGAGUCAGAGCCAGAGGCUGUCCGGGGCCAUGCCCCGAGGAUGCCGUCAGCAGGGAAGUCCAAGCCCCAGUGCCGAGGGCUUGCUCCCAACGGCUUCCACAACUCCAUCAUGGCUCCCGUGUGGAAGUGUCCCAGCAUCACCCACAGCCUGCGGGACCGGCACUACUCCCCCUGGGAAUUCCCCGACUGGCUCCCUUCCACACGCAAGUGGACGUUUCUCUCAGAGAGCGAAUGUGCCCAGUACCUGCCGGGGGAGAUGAAGUCUCCACUCUUCUCUAUCCAGCGGGAGGGCAUCGAAGAAGACGGUGUCCUGUACCGCAUCAACAGGUUCAACUCCCUGCAGCCCCACGAGGAGCGCCUGGACGUGUCCUUCUUUGUGGGUGGCCCGGUAUGGGCCAUGGAGUGGUGCCCGUGUCCAGAGGGCUCUGCCGCCCCCCAGUAUGUGGCGCUCUACUGUAACAAGGGCAUGGACGAGAAGCACAGCCUGGCCGAGCUCCACACAGGCCCUGCACUGCUGCAGCUCUGGGCUCUGGGCAUCCUGCAGCCGGAGGCAGGCUCUGCCACCAAAGCCAGGCUGGCCUACGCCAUCGCCGCCGACCACGGCUGCAUCUGGGACAUGAAGUUCUGCCCCAGUGGAGCCUGGGAGCUGCCCACCACCUGCAGGAAGCCCCCUCAGAUGAGCCGGCUGGGCCUUCUGGCGGCAGCCUUUUCUGAUGGCAAAGUGCUCGUGUACAGCCUCCCGCACCCCGAGGGCCUGCUCGCUCACAAGAGAGCCCAGGUAAAAGGUAGGAAGAGCCGUGCCGCGGGGGGACGGCGGGGGGUGUGACAGUACUGAAACCCUGGCGGGGCAGUGCAUGGGGCUCUGGGAAACCCCUGAGAAAUGCAACGCCCAGGGCCCCACUCAUGGAUUCUGGGCCUGGUGUGAGCCUCAGGGCACCCCCGAAGCAGCCAUGCGGCUCCCUGUGUCAGCCCACGCUCAGCUACACGGCCUGACCCAGCAGCUUCCCAGCCCUGGUGGGGUCCAGCGAGCUUCUCACACCACACUGUGCACC